CUGCAGAUUCUCGCCUUCGCGAGGUUUAUUAAAACCUUCUCGCCCACUGGACCGCCUCCCAACUGUCCCUACCGCCUGAUUCUGGUUGGCGGUUCCCGCGAUGACAAGGACGCUGUUCGAGUGGAAAAACUACGGGAACUGGUGGAAAAGUCUGGUCUCAGCGAUCUGGUUGACUUUCAUAUUAAUGCCUCCUGGGACACUCUCAGCGAGCUCUUCCAACAUUCUACCAUCAACUUGCAUUCUAUGGUAGAUGAGCAUUUUGGUAUUGUAGCCUUGUUGUAUUUAAUUGAUCUCAUCCCAAUGCAACUCGGCGACGUUCUCUAG